AAAUAACUUCCUCCAAAUCCCCGAGAUCUCUCUGACAGGAAGAGAACAGAACCACUUAAGAACAGCCCCAUCCACUCCUCGGAGGGCCUGUGAGAAAACUGGGGCUUGAUGCAAGAAUUACUGAGUGAAAUUCAAACCGAGUGACAUAUGCUGGAAGUCUCAUGUUGCCAGUACUAAGACAUCCUUCGAAUUGCUAAACAUUAUAGAUGACUAUUUCCUUAAUGCUCUAUAUUGGACCUCCUCAUGAAAGAGAAAUUGAUCAUAGAACUAGAUGGACAUGGGUUUUGAGCAGCUCACCAAGCACAGCUUUUAACACUCCUUACAAGAAGUGUGGAGACAAUGAGAGUUCAGCUCAAAGGGGAUGCGAUCUGCACCCUUUUCCUGGUGGUAGUGCUUUGCUCUUUACUCUAUUCCCAGUUGGAGCGUACGUCCCCAACAGGAAACAGGGAGCAAAUGCACAAGAAACCUUCACCAACACAGAGGAUCUUCCCAGGCCCCGAAGCCCCCAAGUGGCAUCCUCAAGCGGAGGUGGCAUUUGGCCGACCCAGAAUCAUUUCUAUUGCUAAAGAUGCAGAGGUGGCAAGUAAAAAGGCCCAAACUACCACUUCACCACCUCUGACUCAUUCUGCCUUCGACUUCAAGCGCUACCUUCUAAACAAGGACAAUCGGAACUUUGAUCUUCUCAUUAACCAGCCCAAGAAAUGCCUGAAAACACCAGGAGGCCCCUUCCUGCUUAUAGCCAUCAAAUCGGUGGUUGAGGACUUUGACAGACGCGAGAUCGUCCGUAAGACCUGGGGCAGGGAGGGUUUGGUGAACGGGGUGCAGGUUCAAAGAGUUUUCCUCCUGGGAAUACCAAAGAAUAAGACAGCACUUGCAACAUGGGAGAUUCUUGUCCACCAGGAGAGUCUGAUGUAUCAGGACAUUUUACUCUGGGACUUUCUGGAUACUUUCUUCAAUCUGACCCUGAAAGAGAUCCACUUCCUGAACUGGGCUCACGAGUUUUGUUCUAGUGUGAAGUUCAUUUUUAAAGGGGAUGCUGAUGUUUUUGUCAAUGUGGAGAACAUCAUUGACUUCCUCGAGAGACAUGACCCUGCAGAAGACCUCUUUGUUGGGGACAUCAUCUACAAUGCUCACCCAAUCCGGGUGCAGAAAAGUAAAUAUUACAUCCCAGAAACGAUGUACGGGCUAGGCACAUACCCACUCUAUGCAGGGGGAGGGGGCUUCUUAUUGUCCAGCAGCACCAUGAAAAAGCUCUUCCAGGCUUGCAAAGAGGUGGAGCUCUUCCCCAUUGACGAUGUCUUUUUGGGCAUGUGCUUGCAGAGAAUCAAUCUCAAACCUGUUUUGCAUGAAGGAUUCAAGACGUUUGGCAUCGUGAAACCCUCAGCUGCCCCGCACCUGCAGACAUUUGACCCCUGCUUUUACAAAGAUCUCAUGGUAGUCCACAGUCUAAAAGUAGCCGAAAUCUGGCUAAUGUGGAAUCUGCUUCACAGCCCACGGCUUUCCUGCACCCAGAAGAAGCAGGUGAAGAAGCCUUUCCAAUGGAAGAGGAAAAAUACUGAAGCAAUGAUGGACAGCAGCCUUCUGAUAAAGCAGGCUAAGCAUGGCAGAAGUAGGUGAUGAACCAAGCUCAGAAGAACCUUGCGUGGUUGCAACCCAACACGCUGAAUUAGCACAUCUCGUGUAAACUAUUAGGAGACAAGGCCACCCUAUUGCAGACAUUUGCCAGAAUUCCACGUCUGCACACACUAUAUGCAGUAGGAUUUUUUCCCUUAACCUGAUUCCAAGUAAUUCACAAAACUAGAUUUAAUUUAUUAUUAUUUAUUAGUAUCGCAGUAGAGCUUAAAGACCCCCAGUUAGGACUAUUGUGCUAUACAAACACACAGUAAAGGACAGCCCCAAAGAGCUUAUCAUCUAAUUUGAGACUUAACAUGAUAAGUGAACAUAAAAGGAGCAGGGUAGGGUGGGAGAUGAGGACAAGGGUUGUGAAGAUAAAAAAAAUCAUUGCUACAUAGGUCUGGGAUUACUGAGAGCCAGCAAGAACCACCAAAUUGUGCAAUAGCUAAAGUAAAGAAAAUCAGCUCUCCCCAACUGAUGCACAAACCAAACCACCAUCGGCUGGCUCCUUGGAGGUGUUACAGCGGAGGUGGGUCUUGAAGGAGAAGAGGGCAGUGGCAUUAUGGAUUAAUUCAGGGAGGGGGCUCCAUGCAGAAUGGGAGAAGGAGAGGAGACAAAAUUGGAAGCGGGCUUUGCCAGCAGACCAGAGGAUGGGUGAGGGGGCAACAUGAUCGGAGACCUGCAGGUAUGUAGGAAGGGUCAGAGCUGUGAAGGGCCUUGAAGGUGAGGAUAAAAAGUUUCCUGUUGUAAAUUGAUUUACAGUCAAUGGAAGCUGAAAAUCAUCUGACAACAGCUGAUCAUCUUCUCACCUUGAUGGUCCAGAUCCUCCAUUUCAGACCUCUGCUGGUGAGCAGAGCAAUGGCAAAUGCAUACUUCUGCCCCAUGUGUCUCUCACUGUGUUCUUUGAUCUGGACGAAAUUACUGACAUACAGGACUAGUUUAUAGAGAUUCAGGCCUUUUGUGUAUUGAAUGCAGUCAAAUAUGAGAGGUAGCUGGGCCUUUUCAGACACUGGGGGGAAAAAUACCCUUCAGACACAAAGGCUUUGAAAUAAAAGCUCUUCAGGACAUUGCAGCAAAACACAAGCAAACAAAAAACAAACGACUUUCUGCCAUUAGGUGACAUUCAAUUUAUCAUUCAAAGUUUUUGAAUAAGCAUUUAAACUUUUGGAGAGGAUCACGGUAUUGCUUGAUUCAACACAGCCUGGACAGCAUUUUAGCACUUAAAGCAUUUUAUUUUCUGAUCACAGGUAACUUUAAAAAUAAGUACUCACUGGCCAGCACAAGUAGGAAGUGAAUCUCUUAAACAGGAUUAGGAAAGGCCUUUUGAUCCAGGAAGUUAUAGGCCCAGAUGCACAGCUGAAAAGCUGAAACUAUGAUUGUUAAUUUAGGCACCUAACUCUCUUUAAAAUCAAUGGGAGUGAGACCCCUAAAUACUUUUCAGGAUCUGAGCCUUAAGCAUAUACACCUCUACCCCGAUAUAACGCUGUCCUUGGGAGCCAAAAAAUCUUACCACGUUAUAGGU